AUUUUAUUUCUCAUUUUUCUUAUUAAAUUAAAUUCUUCCAGAAUGCUGCGAAAUCUCUCAUCUUUUGUAGUAAAAUCGACUCGCCACAUUCAAGCAUCUUCCUCCGCAACAUUCAAUGGUGUGAUUCCGACUGAAAAGAUCGAAAAACGAUACACGUUGAGCAGUGGACCAGGCGGACAAAAUGUGCAGAAGAACGCCACAAAAGUCGAAAUUCGAUUCAAAGUGAGCGAAGCUGAAUGGUUGUCAGAGUCACUGAGAGAUUUGGUCGAGGAGAAGUUGUCACAUAGAAUUAAUACCGCCGGAGAGCUCAUCAUUGACAGCGAUCGUACCCGAGAACGUCAUCUAAAUGUGGCUGAUUGUUUCGACAAACUUCGUUCCGCCAUCUAUGCAAUCGAAAACGAGCAGGGAAAACGGGAAAUGACUGAGAAAGACGAGAAGAUUUUGAGAGAAAGAGCCGCCAUAGCAACACAGCAUCGUCUACAGGAAAAACGAAGAACGAGUGAGAAAAAGGCGUCGCGACGAGCCGCCGUUGAGUUUUAGCUAAUUAGCUGAAAUUUUGUUCGUGUUUUAUUUUUCCGCGUAGGUAGACUCUAUUGUUUUUUGUUAUUGAGAUUCAUAUAUAAAUUUUCUGAUUAUU